GCUUCCUUCCCUCCAGAGGCGCGUGUUGUUUUCUUCUCGUUUUAACCCAUCUCAUCAUUUCCCCCUUUGAGCAGGUGAUGAAUAUGUAUGGGGACCUCGUGAUGGACACGGUGCCAGAAAAGGUUCACUUUUUCAACAGUUUUUUCUACAAUAAGCUACGAACCAAGGGGUACGAAGGCGUGAAACGUUGGACCAAAAAUGUGGACAUUUUUAACAAAGAGAUCCUGUUGAUCCCCAUCCACCUGGAGGUUCACUGGUCGCUGAUCUGCGUGGAGGUGAAGCAGAAGAAGAUCACCUACCUGGAUUCCCAACGCACCCUCAACCGGCGGUGUCCCAAGCACAUCUGCAGGUACCUGCAAGCCGAAGCCGAUAAGAAGAACCGCCUGGACUUCCGAGAGGGAUGGAGAGGGGUUUUCCAGAUGAACAUUGCCCGACAAAACAACGACAGUGAUUGUGGUGCCUUUGUCCUGCAGUAUUCCAAAUUCCUGGCCCUGGGUCUGCCCUUCACCUUCACCCAGCAGGACAUGCCGAAACUCCGCCGACAGAUGUACAAAGAGCUGUGCCAUUGCAAACUCAUUGCGUAACAGCCCAGCGGCAACAAAGAAAUGCCCCCCCACGCCCCCGCCCCUCCCUCCCUCUCUCUCCACCCCCCACCCCACC